CCCCUUUUUGUCACUGCUUUGUUUUCUAAGUCCCCUUUGGGGGUGAGAUUGAGGUUAACAGCACUGUGUUGUCUCCUGAAUAAAUGGCAAGGUUUUACGAGGUUAAGAAGUUUCCAUAUGUACAUUUGCCUGUCUGUCCUCUAAGGCCAGUUUCCAUCAGUCCUAUUCCCGUUUCCUAAAUCAGCAUGUACUUCUUAUUCCCCAGGCCUGCAAUUGCAGUUAGAGCAGGAUUCUCAGUAUACUCAGUCGCACAAGAUGCGUGCACAAUACCUCAUGCCUUGACCAUUUUCUCGAGCUGAGUGCUUAGAACAACUGAUUUGGGCACAUUAUCUGGAAAAUGUGAAAAUGCAUUGGCUACAUUUUGCGUUUUUGUAAAAUUACAAAACAUGAAGUAAAGCCGUGGAAAUGGCUCUACAAAAGAUAGACCUGCUCUGGCAAGGCUAGAACUUUAAUGCAGAGCUGCUGGAAGUAGUUAAAUAUUGGAACCACUGCUGAUUUGGUUGUAUCCUCCAACAUGACCAAUCCUCAGCCUACAAUUGAAGGUGGUGUUUCAGAAGUUGAGAUUAUUUCCCAACAAGUGGAAGAAGAGACCAAAAGCAUUGCCCCUGUGCAGCUUGUUAAUUUUGCUUAUCGAGAUCUACCUUUAGCUGCACUUGAUCUGUCUGUAGCUGGGUCCCAGCUUUUGUCAAAUUUGGAUGAGGAGUACCAAAGAGAAGGAUCUAACUGGCUAAAACCGUGCUGUGGGAGACGAGCAGCUGUGUGGCAGGUAUUUUUGCUCAGUGCAAGUCUCAACAGUUUCCUGGUAGCCUGUGUAGUAUUGGUGGUGAUUCUUCUGACUCUGGAACUCCUAAUAGAUAUAAAGCUUCUCCAGUUUUCAAGUGCUUCCCAGUUCGCAGGAGUAAUUCACUGGAUCAGCCUAGUCAUUCUCUCUGUUUUCUUUUCAGAGACUAUUUUGAGGAUUGUGGUGCUUGGCAUAUGGGAUUACAUUGAAAACAAAAUAGAGGUGUUUGAUGGUGCUAUCAUAAUCUUGUCCUUGGCACCAAUGGUGGCCUCAACAGUGGCUAACGGCCCCAGCAGCCCGUGGGAUGCUAUCAGCCUUAUCAUCACACUGCGGAUAUGGAGAGUGAAGAGGAUCAUUGAUGCGUAUGUCCUUCCAGUGAAAGUGGAGAUGGAGAUGAUGAUUCAGCAAUAUGAGAAGGCAAAAGUUAUUCAAGAUGAGCAGCUGGAAAGACUAACCCAGAUCUGCCAAGAACAAGGGUUUGAAAUCAGGCAGCUGAGGGCCCACCUUGCUCAGCAGGAUUUGGACCUGGCUGCAGAGAGAGAGGCUGCACUGCAGGUCCCACAUGUGCUGAACAAACAGAGCAGCAAGAGGUACAAGGUGGUGGCCACUGAAGACUCGGACGAUGAAGCCACUGAGAACAUCACUGAGCUGCGACCUGCACGAGAGGAUGACAUGAAUAACUACAUCAGUCGAUACUACAACGAGCCCAGCAGUGACAGCGGAGUCCCCGAGGCCGCCAUCUGCGUGGUGACCACGGCCGCCAUCGACGUGCACCGGCCCAACAUCUCCUCGGAGCUGUUCACGGUGGAGGUGCCGCUGCGCCUGGGCAGCACCGGGACCUCCGCCAGCCUCACGUCGGGCAGCGCCUCUCGCUCCACCGUCAGCUCGGGCACGCGGGGCUGCAGCGAGAGCAGCCAGACCCUGGGCUCGUCCCCCGACUGCAGCACGGCCUGCGAGGAGCCGGCCGAGGCGGCUGCGGGAGCGCGGCCUGAGCUGGCGCCCGCCCGGCAGCGCGUGGCCCACGCUGUGGUGCAGGAGCUGCUCUCGUCCCUGUCAGAAGAGGCCUGCUUGGUGCAGAAGGGGCUGGAUCCUGUCAACCUGAAGCUGCCCAGCCCGGCCAGUUCGGUGGGGGCCAGCCCUGACCUGGGCCACCGGCUCAGUGUCUACAACCGCAGGAACCAGGAGAGUCUUGAUGUCUUCCAGCUCAAGCCACUCCUCGACUGCCCCCAGGGUGCCCCAAUGAUUGAGGAGAAGUAUGGGGCUUUGGGGCCCCCAGAGCCACGGCUGGGCAGGGUUCCUGAGGCAUAGGGCGAGCCUGGGGGAAUGGGGACUCCUGUGGGGACAUGCUCUCCAUGCUGGCCCAUGCGGCUGCCACAGGUGAGGUGGCAGUGCUGAAGACAACCUGCGGCAUCUCCUGCAAUGGCCACCAGCUCAGGGCGAGGCCAGCAUUGCCUCUGCUCACCAGUGUCUGUGGCACGUGACCUACCUGCCCUGCCACCAGCUCUGGGCCAGCUGGGACCUACGGUGGUCAUCUGGGAACAAUGGACCUUCCAGCAGUCUUAGGCCAGUAUGGACCCACAGUGCCUGGAGGGACAAACAGACUGUGCCGGGAACACCGUGGAACUUCCACCAGUCCAGGGCCAGCACAGCCCCAUAGUGCCCAGGGGCAGGACAGAGCUGCUGGACAGCUUGGGCCCAGCCUGGCACCCCAGUCAGACCCCCCAGCCUGACCCUGCCCAGGGGCUGAGCAUGGCUUGGAGGGGUGAGGAGAUUGGAAUAAACAAUGACAAACACUUACAGCCUCCUGC